AUCUUGGUGCUGAACGGCGACGCGUUGAAGGAUUUCCCCAGGUACAAUGGGGCUGUGCACGCGGCGGGGCCAGGAUGCGAGUCGAAGGAAAAACGCACAGCCCUGGGCCCGAAGUUGUAUCGGUACCUCCUCGGCGCAGACAAUUCGAUCAGUGUGCUGAUCGAGCAGACGGACCCGAGAGAUUACGCCGCGGUGGAUGGAGCGAACGUUCUGCUGAAGUUUCUAGAGACCGAACGCUUCGCGAAGAGCAGUUUCCAUGAGUUGCCGAAGGCGUUCGACGCGUUCUUCGACCUCGCACACUUCGAGAGGAAAGGCGAGGAGCCAAUGGCGGCGUUUUCUACGGCUAUGGAGGUGGCGAGACGGAACUUGGGGGAAGCGGGCCCGGGCGCGAAUAUCAGCUCGAGCGAGCUAGGGUACCACGCGCUGAAGCUUUGCGUCUUGGACACGGACUUACGUAACCUGGCGUUCGCGAGGGCGGAUGAGACGUUCAAUUUUGGGAAGAUCUCGACGACGCUGAAGAAUCUCUUCCCUCGCGGGGGGUUCUUCAAUGGAAGGAUCGACGGCGAGGUGGGCGAGAGCGCGGCAGCCAGCGGCCAGGCAGCGGGCGAGAACCCCGGCAUAUUCAAAGGAAAGGGCAAGGGCGGCGGCAAGUUGAAGGACAAGCGCUGUAGCAGGUGUGGUCGGAUGGACCGCGACGCAUCGGUCAGCGGGCAAGCGGGGAAGCCAAUCAAUGGCAAGCGCCGUGGUAAAGGCGCCAGAUGCGAGGCCCGGGCGCGAACUACAUCCACGUGCUGCUCGAGAGGCUACGACAUCAUGGUGGGGAACCUGGACAGCGAUCCGAUCGUGCCGGACAUGCCCGAGCUCGAUUUGAUGAUCUCCAGCGACCUCGUGCCGGCCUCCCUAGUGGACAGCGGAGCCUCGAUCGCAGUUGCCGGGCGCGGAUGGCUUGAUCGCGUCGAGGCAGAGCUGGCAAAGAGUAAUUUCUUCGAGAUCCUUGGCGACAUGGUCGGUCUGACGAGCAGGAAGGACUUCGCUGAGUUGGGGGCGAAUCUUUACAUGCGCGAGAACGGCCAUUGGGCGGAUUUCCAGGGGCUCGGGGUGCACGGCAAGGAGCUGGUGAAGCUGCCUGGUGGGCGUGCUGGGCUCGACCUCUUCGACUACGACCGUGAAUCGCACGAGUCGGAGCCCUUCUUCGAGAGGUUCCGCGUGGGCGAGAUGCAGCUCGAGCUGGGCGCGAGCGCGCCGGCUCGGGUCGCGGAGCUUCUGAAGAACGGCAGCAAGGGCAUAUUCAAUAAGGGCACGCUCGAACGGACCGACAAGCUGAUGAAGGGGCAUCCUGUCAUCUUCGACGUGCUGCGGGACAACCUGAAGACCUUCCCGUGGGAGAUGUUAGCGAAGGGCGCUCAUUUUUCUCGCGUAGCCUCGAAGGGUGGUCAUGCGAACGCGACCCCCUCGGAUGCGUCGGUCGGGGUUAAUUUCAACGGCCCCCGGACCCAGUCGGAUUUUGAAUUUCUGAUAAAGACCUUCGAGCCCCAGAUGGUCUCGGUCGCGUUCCCACGCGCACCUUUCUCGAACCUGCGAGAGUUUCAGCGAGCUCAGGGCAUGGGCGACCGGGUGGGCGACCUCAUCGAUGAGUUCAGGCCAUUGGUUGACUUUUCGGCGAAGGUGUUCCGGAUUCAAGCUGAAGGCGCGCUGCUCUCGCGGGCCAGCGCCUGGCCGGACAUACUGGAGAAGACCCUGGCGAGUGCUGGUGCUCAUGGGCUGGCGCGGCGCACCGACCUGGAGAAGCUCGGUAUCGGAGACGAUGCGACGAGGGUUCUGGAUAAGAGGACCAUGCGCGCGGUGGCCGAGGAGUCCAAGCUGGGGAAGGACCUGAUCGACGUGCGCGUGCUGAGGCAGAACGAGGCCAUCCCUGUGCCUCGCGGAGCAGCGCGGCGCAUCUGCGCCAUGUGCACCGACGAGGGCGUGCCGGCCGACUUCUCCGACGCCUACGCGGACGACCCGAAUGUCACGUCGGUCGAGCUGGCCGCAAGGUAUCCAACCGACACGGUGGUGGCGAUCUACGUGAAGGAGCCGAAGUUGCAGACAGCCUUCCCCGCGACAGUACCCCUUCUCGGCAGCCGACCAGAAGCACUCAAGCCCGACGAUCGUGAAUCAGACGCAGUACAUCGAGACCUACAUCGCGAAGGUGAGAGCUUUGGCGUUGAACCUCCGCACAUCACCACGGGUCAGUGGGGCGCCCUGAGGAAGCCCCACUUGAACCUGAGCCAUCCGUCGGCACACGCGCUGACGCGACGCCUGAAGUCCUACGGGGUGCCGCAGAAGGUGCUCGACGUGGUGGACAAGAUGGAUCGUGUCGUGUGCGAGGAGCUCGGGGGGCCCAGCACGACGAGAUCGGCCAACCUGAAGCUCUCGACGGAGUUCAACGAGAAUGUGUUUCUGGACGAAGCCGAUGUGAUUCGUUCGGGCACGGCACGGUUGAUGGCGAUGGUGAUUGUGGAUGACGCGUCGAGCUUCAGGGUCAUCAUACCUACUGCGGCAGUGCGAUCCAUGAUGGUGAGGGGAGCCUUCGCUGCUUCUCGCAAGGAUGGCUAUCAUGGGCUGGCACUUCGAAGGCAGAGUGGAACGGGCCAUCGGUUUCUUCGCAAAGACCAUUUCAAGCGCCUGAACCGCGAUAUGCAGCUCGCCAAGAGUGACGACCCAUCCGCGUGGACUUCGGUGAUAGCGAGUACGCGCAACAACCGCAUCCGACGGAAUGGUUUCACGCCCUAUCAGUAUGUACUGGGACGAUCGCCUCACGCCCCGGCCUCGCUCAUCGAGGCGAUGGAGGGCGAUCGGAGGCAGCUGGCGGCGAAGGGCGCAGCAUUUUUCGAGGACGGUCCCAGGCGGGCCGAGCAGAUUCGCUGCGGCGAAUGGGCGGUCUUCGAGCUGGACAGCGAUGGGGCAGUGAGAAGGGCUACGGUUGGUCGGUAUCGCCCGCCGCGCGGGCCGUGCGGGCCGGGCCAGCUGGCGUUCUACUUGCGUGAGGUGAGGCACGUGAAUUGGAAUCGGCUACAGGGCGAGCACGGGCGGCGCGGCCCAGCCAUUGUGCUGGCAGCCGAGGGCCAUGCAAGGCGCUACACCUCAGCUACCGUGGGGUGCCGCUUCUCGCGGCUCCUGAGCAGGUGCGACAUGCUUCUCGCGGUGAAGCCGAGACCUACCCUCCAGAAGGGCUUCGUGGACGAGCGUGGGCCUGGGCCUGACGUGAGCGGUGGCCAGCGCGACAGGCGUCGCAAGAAGGACGACGGCGACGCGGACGCCGAGGACGCUGUGGGCGACGCUCCGGCUAACAAGACGAGGACGCACCCGAAGUACCACCACUACCUGGAGAUGGAAACGACAUCCAGGACGUUAGAGAUGAGGAGAGACCCGGAGAUGAAGAUGACAUGCAAGAUGUCACGGCUAACGAAUCACCUGUGCCUGAUGCAAUUGGGCGGGGGCGUGCCACGGACCUGGGCGCGGCCGCUGUGCCGAGCGAUCCGCAGCAACAGCCUGGGCGAGAAGGACAGCCAGCACCUGCACCGCCGCCUGGUCCUCGAGGGCCCCUGUGCAAGCGAUCACUGCCAGACGACUUCGAAGCAGAUCGCGGACGCCUCCGCGUGCGCCGCGAAGCUCUCAAGCACAGUGAAGAAUUGCUCGAGGGACGCAUUCGCGGCCAGGAGGACUGACGCCGCGAAGAAGCAGAUCGCCCCGAAGAGUUGUCGGCAACUACGCAGCACUCCGCCAGAGUGGAGGACGGCAUUCGAUGCGAGUGACCUGGAAGAGUGGCGUAAGCGGGUUCAGUGCGACGCUGUGGAGUGGCCGAGUGAAAGGGAGUUUGAGCAGCAUCCGCUGAAGGCGAAGUCACGGAACAUCGCCCCGGGCUACAAGGACAUGCAGUUGUUCGCGGGCGAGUGGGAGACGAACGCACCGACGCUCGCGGACGCUGCCACGGCGGUGAUCAUCCAGGAAGCUGCCUGCCAGUCUGGCUGGCGGCGCGCCCGCGGCGCCAGAGAUGGGAUGGCCAUUCGUCCCAGAAGGGACUGUCCUGAAGGCGAAUGGGGGAUCUACGGGUCGAACGAUGCACCGCUGCUGUGGUACGAGGAGCAUCGCGACGCCAUCCUGUCGCUUCCCGGGGCUUCGAGAUCCGAGCUGCGCCCGGCCCUAUUCAUCUUCCGCGACGAGAGGGGGGAGCUAAUCGGCCUGAUCGGGGCGCAGGUCGACGACGACCUCGUCGCGGGAUCGCCCGAGUUCAUCUCGAACCAGUUGGCCGAGCAGAGGGAGGUGCUGCUGCGGCAAGUGCAGAACUUGCUGGAUUUCAACAAGCUCGUGAGCGACGCCAAGACCGACCGCGUGGACAUAACCUUUCAGAAGCUGGACAACGCGAUUGUGGUGGCAGUGGGGGGCUCGAGCCAUGGGAACGUGGGCAAGACGAGGACCGUUGGUUACCCCGAUGUUGAGGCGAUCAUAUCGCAUCAAGCGAGUUGUGCGGCGUACAUGGCAGCCAAGACACUGGCAGCUGUGGAAGCAGUCGAGAGUGGCGACCUGCUGAGACAGCACUUGGUGGAGUUGCACCACGGGCUGGGCUACCGGACCCACAUGGACGACGUAAAGGCGAUCGAAGUGGUGGAGGUCGCGGAGUGUAAGUCGCUCUAUGACUUGCCGCAGAAGCGAGCGGCGGUCCCGUCCGAGAAGCGGCUUCUCAUCGACAUCGAGUCGCUCAGAAACGACACAGAGUCGACCAACGUGGCGAGCAAGUGGGUGAACGCCAUUCAGAUGCUUGCCGACUGUCUUACCAUGCAGGGCGCCCGCGCGGGCGACUGCAUGAGGCGCGUGCUCCGGACGGACGAGAGCACGAAGUGCCCCAUGGCAAAGCAGGUGAUCUCUGAGCAACGGAUGGAGCUGAAGGGUCAAAGGGGCGAGUACAACGCGCCCAAGCACUACCUCCGUUGGCGGAUGAUGCUGGGCCAGCGCGAGGGCGACGUCUACUGCGAGAAGCUCAAAGACAUGGUCGAUUGGUCGGGGCUGGGCAUAGUGGCGAAGCGUCGGGGGAUUCCGACCCAUGCGCGCAAGUUGCUGACGAUAUACGCACCAAACAAGGAGGCUCUCGAGCGCUACGAGAAGGAUUUCACGGAGAAGCAUAAUUUGAAGAAGACGGACACGACCGAUGACAUCGAGCACUACGAGGACGUGAACAUCACGUCGGGCGAGAACCAGAACGCGGACGAGCCGGUGGAUCUGGACGACGUGAAGGAGAUCAACAUGGCGGACGCCGCGGGUGCCGAGACCGAGGAGAUCGGAGGAGGCGCCGCUGGAGCUAGUGCUGCGUUGGUGGCAUGUGCAGCAUGUCGGAUGGUGGCGGACCAGUGCGAGUGUCAGCCGAGGACCCGCAAGAAGGCCAACCACAACAUCCCUGUACCGAACGAUGGUGAUGAAUCGGUCGAGAUUCCAGGGCAGGCCGAGCAGUCAGGAGGAUUGACCACCAGGAAGAAGACUACGGAGCUACCAAUGGACAAGGCUCGCAGACAGCAUGAACGGUCGAAGUAUGCAUCCUACAGGCAGGCGGAGCACGACCUGGGCGAUGUACUGGAUCAAGAUGUCCUAGAGGCAUACUUGCAGGUGGUUGCCGGAUGCAGCAAGUGCCGCAGAGCCAGUCGCGACACGGAAGACAUCCCGAAGGGCAAAGGCACGGGGAAAGGAAAGGGCAAGCUCAGGACUUCAAGCAGAGUCGACCCAGACGAGUGCGUGCACCCUGCCGAUCAGCUCUCGAUUGUGGGCGCCAACCAGUACAAGGUACCCCGGGUCGGCGAUGCAUCGCCGCACGCGGGCGAUGCGAUCCUGGAGCUCGAGUGGGGGCGCACCGCGAGGCGUGGCCCCCUAUGGGGCGGUCCGAACGGCUCUGGGUGGAUAGCCUGCCCGCGGACAGAGGUCGAGAUCGUCGGAGUUGCGCUGUUCCGC